UCCAGUCUGCAGGAAGAGCAGAGACGGUACACGCAGCUGCAGCAGGACACGCAGGGACACACCAACCGUCCAGCAGCUGCAGCUGCAGCAGCAGGAGUUCCAGAGAGACAACCAGAGACUGCAGAGUGAGCUGCAGGAGUGUCACAGCACGCUUAAAGUCCAGGAGGCGGAGCUUCAGAGAGCCAAUAACACGGCCAACAAUGCAGAACAUCGGCUGACUAAGCUGUCGCUCAAGCUGAGCAACAGUGAGCAGCUGGAGCAGCAGGUCAUCCUGUUGAACCAGCAGCUGGUCGUACUCAGAGAAACCAACCGAGCUCUGACGGAGCAGCUGGAGGGAGGAGAGGGCAAACACUGGACUGUGAGCAGACGUCCACACAGUAACACCAAAAAAAAAAAACACACGUUCAGCAUGGUUUUUAACAUGGGCCGCAGCAAAACACCACCACCUAGUGGUUGGUUUGGAGAGUGAAGUGAAGUUGAAAAAGGCCUAUAUGUCAUAUAUGAGACUUUGGUCUCAUUUGACUCAACAAAAUGCAGAUUUUUUUUUAAUUGGUGUAAAUCAUGGGUGUCAAACAUACGGCCCGCGGGCCAAAAACUGACCCAGUCGGAGGUUCAAUCCGG